CUUAAAGGGAGGGUAAAUUUAAAGUCACCCAAGCCAGCAGGCUGCCGUGCAAACCCCGUCUGCAGCCCAGCUUUCUUCGCCCCUCCAAAUGGGUCGCGUCCCUGCCGCCGCCCCACGGGAGUCUCGGGGGUGACACUGUGCCCGGUGUUUGGAGAAGGGAGUGCGGCCGAGCCGGCCGUGGCAUCACCCCACCAUGCCGAGGUCCUUCCUAGUGAAGAGCAAGAAAGCGCACAGCUACCACCAGCCCCGCUCCGCCGACGAGGACUACAGCCUGCGGCUGGAGACGGUGUUAGCCCAGAUCUGUGCAGACAGCAAGAUCCCCGAGGACGCGAGGCUGUGCCGCACGGUGCUACCUGAUCCGGAGCCUUCUCGGGGGCGAUUCUCCCCGGAAUCCCACCUUACCGAGGCUGCCGAUGGCACCUCCGAGUCAGCGCCCAGCUGCGAGGGCAGUGUCUGUGACAGGGUGUCCGAAUUUGAGGAUUUCUGGAGACCUCCCUCGCCUUCCGUGUCACCAGCCUCAGAAAGAUCUGUAUGUCCAUCCCUAGAUGAAGCAACCCCGUUCUCGGUGCCCUUCAAACCAUACGUGUGGAACAGCCUGGGUGGCUCUGAGCUGAGGCAUCUUGUGCAAAGCUAUAGGCCCUGCCCAACACUGGAGCGAACCUCAGCCCUGGGGCUCUUCUGUGAGCGAGGCUCUGAGUCUGCCCUCUAUGGCGCAGAGUGCAGCUCUUCCCUAGGACUUUAUGGUGACUUCAGCUCCCCUGGCUCAGGGCUGUUUGAGCGACCGGCAGCAGCAGCACCUGGACUCUAUACCGAGACACAGCCUGGGCUACAGCAAGAGAAGGGUCCAGCUGGCAUCAAAGUGGAGUCAGACCUCUUGUGCCGCCCACUACUCAUUAGCACUGGCUCUUACAAGUGUGUCAAGUGCAGCAAGGUAUUCUCCACACCACAUGGCCUUGAGGUACACGUGCGCCGCUCACAUAGUGGCACAAGGCCCUUUGCCUGUGACAUGUGUGGCAAGACCUUCGGCCAUGCAGUCAGCCUGGAGCAGCACAAGGCUGUGCACUCGCAGGAACGCAGCUUUGAUUGCAAGAUUUGUGGCAAGAGUUUUAAGAGAUCUUCUACUCUGUCCACCCACCUACUCAUCCACUCAGACACCCGGCCUUAUCCAUGCCAGUACUGUGGGAAGCGGUUCCACCAGAAAUCCGAUAUGAAGAAACACACCUUCAUCCAUACAGGUGAGAAGCCUCACAAGUGCCAGGUGUGUGGAAAAGCCUUUAGUCAGAGCUCCAACCUCAUCACUCACAGUCGGAAGCACACAGGCUUCAAGCCCUUUGGCUGUGAUCUGUGUGGCAAAGGCUUCCAACGAAAGGUGGAUUUGCGGAGACACCGUGAGACACAGCACGGCCUGAAAUGAGUCCCAGCUGCAAUACAGAAAGCACCUACAACACUAUGAGAACAGACUCCCUUGUUUUUCCCACUGGACCCAAGCUCUGUCCUGAGCACUGGCCCUGGCAUUACCUUUUUGACCAGGAGAUCAGAGAGGAAAGAGCAGGACAAGACCAUACAUUGAGAACUCAAGCUGAAUAGAUUGAAAGGGGAAAAUAAAGGCUGGUGUUUAUCUCUUUCUCUUCUGUUUCUGAAAUAACAUGGGAAAGUAAGCCUUUUAGGUAUGAAGCCUGAUACUCCAAAGACGGAUAAGCUACCACAUAUCUGUAAGCUGAAAAGUAUUUCUCCCAUGGCCAAGAAGAACGGUCUGAAGUUUUCAGUAAUUUGAAUCACCUUGCAGGGAAACAUGGGUAUAAGUGUUUACAUGGUAAUGACACAGAGCCAUGAGUACUUGAUGUAGUGAGCACUUGCCUUGGCUGAGUUUCAGUGCUAAAUGGCUUCACUCUUGGUUUUCUGUCAAGAAAACCUGGAGAAUCAGGACUGAACUGUGCAGUUUGAUGUCUUGCUGGUUUUUUAAGCAAAGGUACCAGCUUGGUCCUGAUUCUGCUCCCACUUGUUCUGGUGCAAGUCAAGAGCUGCAUUAGCAGUUAUUAUAGAAAGACCCUUUUUAUCCUCCCAGAGCCAUUUCUCUUGUCUGUGCGAGGCCUGGCUGUGUGCCUGUGUUUGAGGCACAGGGGGUUAUUUCUUGCCACAUCCACUAGAGAGAA